AUGCUGGCGGCGUUCGCUCGGCUGGUCAGCGGAGACUUCAAGGAGAUCUCGAGGAAGAAGCAGCGACCGCAGAUGGUUACGAUCCCCUUCUCCCACUACGUUGAGUUUGCGCGCUGGUCUCUGUUGUACGCUCGGGUGCAGUUUGACGAGCAUCCCUUCACCCCUGGCGAUCACAUUCUUCCCACGUUGUCGGUUCGGCUGGCGGACAAGCAGAAGGCAGCGAAGGGUUCGGAUGGUGAUGAGAAGGAGAACUUGACACUCGUCCCUUUGGUUGUUCUCCCCGAAGGAGAGGUGCUUAACGACAGCUGGACUAUUGCGCAGAGGCUGUCAGGUAUGGGGGGUAUUGACCCGGAGUUGAAGGAGUUCUUGAACCAGCAGUGGGGUCCUCAGACACGAGCGUUCGCCUACUCGUUCCUGUUGAAGAAAGGGAAUUCUCAGACCUGGAAAGAUCUCAUCACGUCUGUCGGAGGGUGGUGGUUACAAAUCAAGUUUUUCCUCUUCUACGACAGCAUACUGAGGAAUCAUUUCCGAUCAGUCCGACCGGACGAUCCUGAAGCUCUCAAGGAGCUCAUCGCAAAGAUGAAAGCGUCCGUCAGCACCCUGGAUAGUUAUUUCGACAAGGCUGGAGGAAAGAAGUACCUUGGUGAUGGCAAGGGAUCAGAUCAGCCUGGCAUCGCUGACUUCGCCUUGGCGGCUCUGACUGCUCCCUGCGUCAACCCUCCUAAGUUCUGCGGAGGAAUGUACUCGGAUUUCUUCGACGGGAUGAUCAAGAAGGAUCCGGAGUACAGCGCCAGCAUCAAGGAAUUCCGGGAAACAAGGACGGGCAAGUUUUGCCUCGACAUGUACGAGCAACAUCGAUAA